CAAGCUCUCAUCGCCGUUCGUUCCCGCAUGGACCUCCCUUUUAUUAUUAUGUCAACGGACCACGAAAGGGAAGCAGUGAUGAAAGCGAUGAUGUACGGCGCUUGUCAGUAUUUGGUGAAGCCUGUGAACAAGGAGACCAUCGCGGUCUUGUGGCAACACAUUGCUCGAAAGACCCGAACCCGUCCGGUUCGACCGUUAACCGAUCAGACCGCCGGUUCGGUACGAGACAAGAUUACUACCAGAGCCGGCGAAGAAGAAAACAAAGGGGAAGAAACAGCGGCUUCGAAGAAAAACCGGAUGACGUGGACUGAUGACCUUCACCAGAAGUUCCUCCAAGCUGUCAACGUAAUCGGAAUUGAGAAAGCGGUUCCGAAGACGAUCCUGAAAUGCAUGCAAGAAAUGAAAGUCCAGGGAUUGUCCAGGAACAACGUCGCCAGCCACCUUCAGAAGUACCGCUUGAAUCUCCAG